AUUGUAAGGUAAACCAUCUUCCGGCGGAAGUGUGACUCUGACGUCAAGGAUACAAAUAAAUUUGGCAUCGCAAAAUCUUCCACAUACAAUUUCGAAAUGGCAGACGGCAUAAAUCCACAGACCAAUUUUGUUGAUGAGCACCUUGAUGAUGACAAGCCACCAGGAGGCAAAGAAUUCAAAGGAGCAACCCUACAAAUAGAUGCUCCUUCCACACAAAACGGGGAAGAACCAGGCGUUGGCUAUGCUGGACCCGGAUCCAACUUUAACAGAAACAGGCCAGGUAGUGUGAUUGGUAGACAGAGUGUAAGAAGCACAGCAAGCAGAACUUCAAUGAGACCAGGUGUUAUUAAAACUGAACGCAUGUCUGAUCAAUACUUCUCUUACAAGGAGUCAAAUUUUGAUAAGGCUAUUGACAAAUGUAAGGAAGUUAUGAAAGAUGAUUUAGAUGGCAAGAUAUUGGGAAAAUAUCUUUUAACUGAGAUUGACCAUUGGAAUAACGAAAGAGAAAAGAUAAUUUUGUUAACUGAAGGAUCUAUUUUAGUAUUCAAGUACAACUUUAUACUAAACAAGCUAGAAGAAUGGCGACGACUGUUGCUACACAUGGUUGACCACAUUGCUAUUGGAGAUUUCAAAUAUCCUGACAAAAGCCUAAUGCCUCUCCUUUUCAGGGACAGAGAACAUGGUGGAAUACAGAUUCGGUGGAACAAAAAUGAGGAACCAGGUUGGGCACAGAAAUGGAAUCCAUUUUGUACAACUUUGCCGUACAUGACAUUUUCACAUCACCCGGUAUUGUAUAAUCCAAAGGAAAAUGAAACCGUAACCUACAACGUAGAUGAGUUUUAUGAACAUUUAGUCCAAGCUGUCAGCGAAUGUUACAAGAAGAAAAGACCUGGAGAGAAAGUGACAAUCUUGGAAGGUCCUAUACUUAUUGAAAGCUACGCAAGUAUUUCAUCUUUAAUCUACAACCAGAGUGGACUUGGUUUCUUCAUGGACAGGAACGGGAUCUGUUUCUAGGCAUAUACUGUAUUGUUUCUUCAUGGACAGGAACGGGAUCUGUUUCUAGGCAUAUACUGUAUUGAUUGUUAUUGUUUAUAUGUAAUAUUUUCAUUGCUGUUCCAUUUCUAAUAUUAGUAUCUAAUGACAAAAAAUCAGUCUAAUAGUUUAAAUAAAAUUGUACAGACUCAAUUUGUUUAUGCAAUUAAGGCCACAUGCUGUUAAAUGGAUGAGCUGUUAUUAAUAUACAUGUACAUGUACACCUAAUCAUUGUCAUUGGUUAGAUAAUUUAUAAAAAUAUUCUCAUUUUUUAAAAAGAAUAGGAAAAAAAUAUAAAUGUCAGUACAUUGAGUUUAAGUGAUAAUUGUAACCCAUUAUAAGUGUACUUAUGAAAAAAUAUAUAGCAGUCUAAAAUAUAGCCUAUGCCUAUAUCAGUGUUACUUGUUUAGAUUGUAAAGUAUAUAUUUAUUUACUUGUUCAUUUAUUCAGUUCCCAAGUUUGUUUAACAAAAUUUAGAGAAACCAAACAAACAAUACUUACAUCCACAUAUGUAAAUUAUUCGUUUGGAAAUGGAAAGUAAACAAUGAGAAAAUCACACAAAGAAUCAAGAUGUAAACCAAAUUUAAAUACAUAAACAUGACAUUUCAUCAUAAUUUUCACUAUUAGUUGCUGGACAACUCAUUCCUUAUAAUCAUAUUAAUUACACAUUUGUGGCUGACAUUCUGUUAAACAAUGUGAUGUGUAUGUUUAUGUUGGUAUAAAUAUUUUUGCUAUUUAAAUUGUAACAGCUUUUAAAUUUUAUUAGAAGUGACUUAAUGUUUAUCACUAUUAAUGAUUAAAGCUAAUUGAAAAAUUUAUAUAAACAAAAUUUCAACUUCAUUUAUAAAAGUUCGAGUUAAAAAAGGGCCCUUUUCAGAAGUUUUAAAACGUUAUGUAAAAUAUUAAAAUUUGACUGGUCUUCAGAUAUUCAGCUGAAAGAAAUUUAAAAAAAAAAUCCAAUUUAACCAGGAUUCAAUGAUAAUUUGAACAAAAUUUAAUGAUAAUUCUAGUUUGGCUGCACUAGUAAUUUUAAAAAUGAUAUAGUUUAUUUAUUUUCUAUUUUGCAUUGUUGUGUGCCAUGUAUCUUUAUUUUGUGUUCAAAUUGUGUAUUUAUUGUUUUGUUAAGAUUAUUUAUUAGAAUUAUUUCUGUACAUGUCUUUUUUGUAACUUUCAGUUAAUUAAAAAAAUAAUCAGAGCUUUUUUCUACAAAUAAAUAGUGCUGCCACUCUUUUCACAAAAGAAUUUUAUGAUUAAAUUUAUGCAAGUCAUCAAAAUUUCAGUAUGACAGAUUUUUUUGUAAUAAGAAUUUAUCUACAAAUAGUGCUGUAAUUCUUCAAACAGUGCUGGCAUUUUCUUUUUGCAAAUCUGCUUACAGAGUUAUCUCCCUUCUUGAUAAACAGCUCUUGGUUUAUUACAGUUUCAGCUGUUUUACUCAAAUAAUAUUUUGACAUGACAAGAAACAUGAUAGUUCAGUAUUUUAUUAUCUUGAUGAAAUUCCAUAUUUGAAGGCAGCAUUUUACAAAAUCAAAAAUUUUUGUUUAGAUAUAUGUCUGAAAAUAUUAAGAUGUAAUUUGGCAAUUUUUGUUUUUGGGUUGCAGUCUCAUUGAAGUGUACCCAGAUCCUCUUUUUACCCCUAUCCUUUUGUAAUGGUUUUAUACUUUUGGACAAGUUUAUGCACACCAAAUCUAGGCACCAAAACAUUUGAUGUUGAAUAAAAAUGGUUUUACCAUGCAAUAACAAAUACUAACUUGAUCAUGCUUAGAAACAAAACCGAAAAUCAUUUUUUUAAUUAUUUAGUUUGUAUUAAUGCAAUUUUGUGUACAUGUGUGUGUUCCUAAACAUAAUAGCAAUGCUAUUAAGAAAUACAGCAUAAUUCAAACAUAUGAUAAACAAAAAAGAUCUUUCAUCCUCUGACAUUUAAAAGUUUGUAAAAAAUGUCCUUCAUGCAUUUGUAGGGAAUAGGAUAUGAAGAUUGAUAAAAAAAAAUUACUUGAAAAAGCACAAUAUGAGCAAUAGUUCCCAGUCAACUUAUUUUUGAAUAAAACUUUUGUGUGUGUGUUUUCUAAUAUUUGUAAUAAAAGCCAGAACAUUUGAAUCAUAUUUGUGCUGAUUCAGUAUAACUGUAUUUUUUACUUUAGGAAAAUCACUUCCUUAAGGAUGUACACUUCUGAGGAGCCAAAAAUUUCUAGAAUUAAACUUUUUUUCUUAACCUGAUUUUUGGGUUUAUAAGACUGUAACAAAAUAAUUGGUGAAGAAAAAAUCAUAUGGUGGUGCACUUCUUUUUUUGCUACGGCCCUUUGAAAAUGCCCAAUUUUUAUGAUUUUCCCAUUUUUCAUCGAUUUUUACCUAUUUUUGGGCUAUUAUCAUGAAAAAAAUCACAGUUCCACAAUUAAACUUUUUCUCAUACUUUCUAUAAAGAUGAAUUGGAUCAACCUGAAUAGAUUUUACUUACAAAAACUAUAGGUAGGUGUUAAUAUAAGAAAGUUUUAUCAUAUUUUGACGCUUUUUAUGUGUUAAAUUUACCAUGCUGUCAAUUUUGUAUUUUUGUGAUUUUUCUCAGUUUUAAGAACAAAAUGCAUAUUAUUUCAACUUUUUUGUUAUCAAUGAAUGAAAAAAGACAUAUCAAAGAAAUUUGAAAAGACCAAAAUGAUAUGGGAUGUACAUGAUUCUUGUAAAAUCAUUUUUUGUAUCCCUCACCCAUUUUCUCAAAAUUUUGGCUAAAAAUACUGACUUGAUUGGUCGUAAAAUUUGAAAACUGGAUUACGCAAAAACCAUUCAUUGUAAAUACACAAUUUUUUCACAGAUUUAUGUUUGCUUAUAAUAUUUUUAAAAUUCAUUGAUAUUUUCCACUUCUAUCACAUGUUUUGGAAAUAAUUCAAGAACGAGAUUUCAACGAGACUGAAGGAGACUGAAAAGUCAGAAGAAUACAUCCUUAAAUAAGUUGUAUAUAAUUACUAAGUUUUAUAUGACUGUGUCAUUGUUUUUUUCUAUCUGUUUACUUCUGUUUGUUUUUAGGAAGAGAGUGAAACAGGAUUUCCCUGAACACAUGUGAGGUUUUUAGGAAGAAAGUUACUAUAUAUAGUGAAACAUGAUUUCCCUGAACACAUGUGCUCUCUUUCUUAUAAAUUCCUAUCUUAUCCUAAUCAAACUUUGUAUUAUUAAGCAUCACUACAUGUUCUUGUAUGUGUUUCAUGUACUGUCUUUUCCUACUUGUGGAUGUGUGAUUCUUGACAGUCAAAGGGUCCAUUAAAGAGCAUGUUUAAUAAUCUUCCUGUUUGUCUUAAAGGCCUUUCCAUAAAAUAUACUCAAGCCCCAGGGAAGACACUUCUAAAUUUUGCCUUUGAACCGGUUUGGUUUUCAUUAACUGAGGUUUUUUAUAUGAGACAAGAUAGUUAGUCUUGUGCUAAACUGACCUGGAGGGCAAGACAAUUUGUAUUUUGUGUUUGAAUGGGUGUCUUUAUCACAUGAAAAUAUAAAUUUCCUCUAGAUGAUAGAUUAAUACGUCUGCCCUUGAUAUCUUGGUAUGUUUAAAUGGCAUAGUCAUGAGUUCAGAUUUUUUGUAUGUGUAGUUUUGUGUUAGUGUUUAAUAUACAUAUUGUUGAAUUACUCAGAGAUUUAUAAGAUGUGUAAAUAAUUUUAUCAUUGUAAAUAUAAACAAUUAAUGUUAGCUAAUAUGAAUUUGUGAUUUUCUAUGCAGUAGAGCAUAGUAGAACAGUAAUUUGUUGUUAUACAUGUUUUAAGAAAUCCAGCAUCAACUUUCAAGGUCAUUCCAUCUUAAGUUCUAUUUCUUGCUUGAAUUUAUUAUGCAUAUCUAUAAAAAAAAAUAUUGUGUACUAUAAGUUGAGAAAUUGAUUUUCCAUGAUGUCUUUCUUUGUCAUACUAAAUCAUAAUUUAUUCAGUUCUCUAAAUAACUUUUGAAUUAUUUGCUGAAAGUCUUAUAUGAAAUAUUUUUAAUUUUACUUCUUAAAGGGAUUUAAUUAUGUACAGAAAAUGUUGGUUCCAUUUUGACAUUUUUUUUGGGGGGUGGGGAAAAUAUUGAAAAAAACUCAAGAUAAAUGGAAUAGCUACAAUACAGGGCAUUUUGGAAAUUUAACAUAUAGGUUGUAUCAUGAGCAAUAUAUCUGUCAGAGAGGAGAGCCAAGAUUAAUAUGAGUUUGAAAGUCUGUAUGACCCAUUUGAUGUUUGAAAUAGGAAUACUGCAUUUAAAGUGAGAGGUAAAUAUUUGUUACUACUUUUGACUAUUUCAAAUAGGUUACUUGUAUGUUCAUCUAAAAAGAAUUGUAAAUUUUGAAAUUUUUAUUCAUUUUCAUUAAUGAAGUCUUUCAAUUUAGAAUGCAUAAUAAUUUAAAUUCAUAUAAAAAAUCAAGAUUGGUUCAUGAUUUUGUUUUUGAGAUACAAUAUGUAAUGAAAUAAGAAUUUUCAGCAGUAUUAUAAAAUAAUUUAUCUAAAAAUUCAUAUGAAAUGUAUAAAAGGAUUUGAUUGAAAAAUGGUGUAAUGAAAUUAAUAGAAAUCACUUAUCCAGAAUGUACUUGUGAAGAAUGUUUUAAAACAGAUUUAUAUAGGGAUUGCUGGGCAUUUGCAAUGCAUUGCAUAGGUAAACUCCAGAGAGAGUACAAAAUGAUUAGAAAAAGGUUGAAGAUGAGAGAACUCAACUAUUGUUAUAUUUGCAAUGUUUUAUUAUUAUAUCGUAUCUCAUAUCAAAUUCCAAACAUUUAAUGAAUGUACUCUGAGGUUGGUAUAUAAUUCUCUGAUUAUUUUAUAUCUCAUUAAAACUAUUAUAAUCAUCAUGUUAUGAUUAAUGCAAAUUGAAAGCUUUCCAUAGUUCAGAAGAGAUAUCUUUAGGUACUUGCUCUUAAAACAUGAUAAUUACAGAUUCUACCAUGUUGAAGGCCGUACUUUGUCUUGUAAUUAUUAAAUUUUUAUACAUUGUGAUUAGGAAGAUGGAGAGUUGUCUCAUACCACAUUUUCUUAAUUAUGUCUAACACACCACCCAGUCAAUGUUUAAUAAUAAUAAUCAAACUUUCAAAUUGUACCACCCUCUUGACUUAUAUGCUGAUACAUCUAGUUUCCCACUUAUCCUAAUACAUUCAGUAACAUCAGGUUGUUAAUCAUGAAAUUAUUACGCAACUAUGUUUUGUAUUGUAUCUUGUUUUGUAAAAAAAAUCUGAGCGUUUCACAUGAUCAUGGAUUUCAUACAUACAUUAAUUUAUCUUGAUUGUAUUUAUAUGUAAAAUCGUACCUUUUCUUUUGCUCAGACAUUUCCUUGCAUUAUAAUUAAUAAUAUGGUUGUGUAUUGAAAUUAUAAAAUAAAACUUAUUUCAACUCUGGUGGCAAGUUGUCUCAAUAGCAAGUCCUACCACAUCUUCUUAGUGUAGCUUGCAUUUGUAUAUGAAUAAUACUACUUUUGAUUUUUUUUAAUUAAAUUUUUAACUUUGGAUUUUGUAAAAAAAAUUGCCUACCCCUGAAACUUGUUAUUCUUAUCCGUAUUUUUUUUUAUGAACUUUAAGCUGUAAUUAUAUGAAAGCACAGUUUCCAACUUAUAUUAAAAUUGAACUAGUCUGUGGUGUUGUAUAGUUUAUAAUCAGUACAUUUUAUGUAUUUUAUGGUGUUUGGCUAUUGCCAUAUUGGUAUAAAUGUACAAUUCACCAUAUUUCAAUAAAUUUGUAUACCUCACAAUAGUUUAGUUUAUUAUACCACUGCUUUAAAAAAAAAAGUGGGGUAUACUGUUUUACUGCUGUCUGUUCGUCCGUCUGUCCAAUGAAUAUUUUCAUGGCAUCUUUCCCAAGAACUACAUUACAACAAUUUCUGAAAUUUGGUUUUAGGUUUAUAUAAGUCAGCUAUACAGUGUGAUGGUUUUUCAGCUUCAUCACUCAAAAACUUAACUGUUUACCGAAAACUUGUAGCAUUUUACUCCUUGUAGUCAAGUUGAAAAUUUUCAUCAUUAUUUUUUCAGAUUCAUCACUCAAAAUAUGUUGGCGGGAUAUCAUCAGUGAGCAGUAACUCCCAGUGUCACUUGUUAAUCAGCCUGUUUGACUUUUACAUUACAAUGCUUUUAUAGAGAUUUAAUUGUAAUAUGUUCUAAUUAAAAAAUGAUCUAUGCCUCUGAUUCUUACAUGAAAAGACAAAUGUACAUGUAAUUGACCACAAUUCUCAUUACUGUCAAUGAAGCUGGUACUGAAUUUCUGUCAUUUUGAAAACUUAGAUGUAAGAAAUAACCUUUAGUUUCCUUGUG